AUGAGAGAAGUUAAUGCAAUUGACCAGAAGCGUAUAGUUAAUAUUGUCUUUAAGGCAUUACUGAUUGACUUGUUUUCAUUCACAAUCAUUCUUCCACUUUUCCCAAGAUUAUUAAACUACUAUCAGUUUGAAGAGGGAAGUCAAAAGGAAAAUAUGUUGGGUUAUUUCCUUCAAAUCCUGGAACAGUUUAAACAUCUUAUUGUUACCAAUAAGCGUUCUUCAACAGACAAUUAUGCAGAUAAAUGGGAUACAGUUUUGUUAGGUGGAUUGGUUGGAUCUUUAUUUUCUUUAUUACAAUUCUUCAUUUCUCCCAUUAUUGGACGUGCUAGUGAUCGUUUAGGUCGUAGAAAGGUUUUAUUAUAUACGAUGGUAGGUAAUAUUUUAUCUACUUUAAUAUGGUUGUUUGCUCGUUCUUUUACCUUAUUUUUGUUGGCUCGUAUCAUUGCUGGUUUAAGUGAAGGUAACGUUCAGUUAAGUAUUGCUAUUAUUUCUGAUGUGACUACACCUGAGAAUAGAUCAAAGAAUUUGGCAUUAGUGGGUAUUGCAUUUGCCAUUGCCUUUACUGUGGGUCCUGCUAUUGGUGCUUGGUUUGCCUCUAUCGAUUUGAGUGUCAACUGGCCUUUCUUGGUUAAAUUUGGUAUCUAUCCUUAUUCUAUGGCUGCCUUUGUUGGUCUUGUUCUUUUAAUCAUUGAAACAUAUUACAUCAAAAAGAAUUUACCUGAAACUAUAUACUAUCGUAGAGAGAUAAAUAAGAAGCAACAACAACAAGAUGCUUCAACUACUACUACUACUACUACUACUACUACUACGACAUCCAAAUCUAUUCAACAUCGUUUACACAAUUUAAAAAGUCUUAAACAACUCAUGUGUCUAUUUUCUUUCUUAUUUUCGGGUAUGGAAUUUACAUUGGUCUUCUUGACAUUUGAUGUACUUGAUUAUAGUCAUAUGCAGCAAGGCAAGUUAUUAGGUUAUAUGGGUAUUGUAUCAGCACUUAUUCAAGGAGGUUAUGUUCGUCGACGUGUUGAAAAAUUAGGUGAAAAAUCAAUUAUUAUUCAAGGUAUGGCAAGCUGUACUUUUGGACUUUAUUGUCUAGCACAUACUGUAAUGGCGAGCCAUCCAACCUUUUGGCUCUAUUUGGGUGUCACCUUAUUAGCAUUUACAUCAGGUACAGUUGUAAAUUGUUUGACAAGUUUAGCUAGUCUUCAAUGUCAUGAGGAUGAAACGCGUGAAGAUAUACUUUCAAAGGGUCGCGCAUUAGGCGAAUUCCGUAGUUAUGGACAAUUGGGUCGUAGUUUGGGUCCUAUCUUUGCUUGUACUCUCUAUUGGAUUUUUGGACCCGGUCUUUGUUAUGCAUCAGGAGCUAUAUUUAUGCUCUGCACAACUUGGAUUACUAUUUUGCAUGCACCUACUGCUGGAAAGCAAAAUAGAAAUACACCAGCAUCUACUAUCAAAAGAUCCGAGAAGGCUGAAUAA